UGACAUUUUUGUGAUUCAAAGAGUUCCAUCCUUCACCUUAAUUAAUGUCAAGGCAAGCUCCAUCCAAAACCAGGGAAAGAAACUAACCUGUAAACCACAAGGCUCAAGCAGACAAUAUAUGUGGCUGUUGUGGCAUUGAUUCAUGUGGAACACAGAAAAUUUUGGGCUAAUAAAAACAAAAACCAAAUCCAAUUAAGUACCCAUUUCAUGUCAAAAAGGAAAGAGCCCGAAAUCCUAUGAAAGAGCAUGCAUCCAACAACCCUUCCUUCCCCAGGCUUAUCUCAUUAGCACAAAAAUGAAAGCCUCAGUCUCAUCUCCAUCUAUCUUUCUUCUUCUUCUUACAAUCUCUCUGCCAUCAAUCCAAUGUGAUGAUUUGGUAGAUCAAAUAUGCAAAAAAACACCCUUCUAUGACUUGUGCAUCUCUACCUUGAGAUCAAAUACUAACAGCACCGACUUAGAUGUUAAAGGCCUAGCGAGUGUGGUGGCUGACAUUCUGCUGGCAAAUGCAACUGACACGUUGAACUACAUCCAAGCUCAGAUAAACCAAACAUCAGACCCCCAAAUGGAGAGAGCACUGGCUUAUUGUGCAGAACUUUACAUUCCAGUUGUCAAGUACAAUCUUCCUCAAGCCAUUGAUGCUUUGAGUAAAGGUCAGUUUACAUUUGCCAGUUAUGGGAUAUCAGAUGCAGCUAAAGAAGCGGAUGCUUGUGAAAAGAAUUUUUCAGGGUCUUUGAAAUCACCGUUAAGUGAUAGGAACAAACUUCUUCAUAGCCUCUCUGAUGUGGCCGUAGCUAUUGUCAAGAUAUUGCAGAAGGGUUAAUUAUAAACUUUUGUUAUGACUCUGUUUAUUUUCUGCUUCAGUGUAGUCAUGAAAUCUUCUGUACUUAUUUUCUGCCUGUAAAAUUUAUUCUGUUGGAUUGGAACUAUUGUACUCUGGAGUUCAGAAAGUAGCUUCAACUUUGAACCUUACAAUUAGCAUCUUUCUUGCCUUCAUCGUUUCCUUUUCCUUCCAUCUUUUUCUGGUCUUGCAUGGGCUGAAAUUGCUUUGGGCCUUGUCAGGGUUUAAGUUAAUGAUCGGCAGGCUGAGAAAAUCCACAGUGACUCAACUCAAUUGCUCUAAU